ACAACGCCUGGUUCCUCUCGGGUCCUUCCGGCGUCGCCGGAGUGAAUUGAUCCGGGAGUUGAAGAGGGCUGCAAGGUGGGAAGUGAAGUCAGUGCCUCAGUUGCUGGUAAGGUGUAGCUGUUCUGUCCCAGUCCCCGUAGCUCUGCACCGAGCAGAAGAGGUCUAGGGUCACGCAGGGGCCAUGGCUGAGGCACUCGGGCUUGGUUCUGGCAGGCGGAGCGGACGGGGCUGAGAGCGGGGCCCUACGGGCGUAAGCGAGGUUACCCUACGCGAGUGGCGUAAAGCGGGUUUGUAAAUGCCGCCUGCCGGCUUGGGCCCGAACGCCUCCAGGAAGUCUCCUCUAGGUGGGGGCGGGAGGGGAAGGGCGAGGUUGGCCCCUGGUGCCCCGGGAGAGGGGACAGGGCGGAUGUGCUUGGGGUGGGGUCCUUUGAAGGUGUGGCUUCGGACCGAGAGGUGAGGCUGCUGUUUUCCCCCUGCUUUAUCAGUGUGUUUUUUGUGUCCAAUUCUUUUAUCACCAAAAAAGAGAAGAAAUAUUGCAGUGAAUGAAGAUUCCUCUGCAUUUUAGCACUGCUUUUUCAACUGUAGUUGGCUUUUGAAUGAGGAUGACAAUGGAAGAGAUGAAGAAUGAAGCUGAGACCACAUCCAUGGUUUCUAUGCCCCUCUAUGCAGUCAUGUAUCCUGUGUUUAAUGAGCUAGAACGAGUAAAUCUGUCUGCAGCUCAGACACUGAGAGCCGCUUUCAUUAAGGCUGAAAAAGAAAAUCCAGGUCUCACACAAGACAUCAUUAUGAAAAUUUUAGAGAAAAAAAGCGUGGAAGUUAACUUCACGGAGUCCCUUCUUCGUAUGGCAGCUGAUGAUGUAGAAGAGUAUAUGAUUGAACGACCAGAGCCAGAAUUCCAAGACCUAAACGAAAAGGCACGAGCACUUAAACAAAUUCUCAGUAAGAUCCCAGAUGAGAUCAAUGACAGAGUGAGGUUUCUGCAGACAAUCAAGGAUAUAGCUAGUGCAAUAAAAGAACUUCUUGAUACAGUGAAUAAUGUCUUCAAGAAAUAUCAAUACCAGAACCGCAGGGCACUUGAACACCAAAAGAAAGAAUUUGUAAAGUACUCCAAAAGUUUCAGUGAUACUCUGAAAACGUAUUUUAAAGAUGGCAAGGCAAUAAAUGUGUUCGUAAGUGCCAACCGACUAAUUCAUCAAACCAACUUAAUACUUCAGACCUUCAAAACUGUGGCCUGAAAGUUGUAUAUGUUAAGAGAUGUACUUCUCAGUGGCAGUAUUGAACUGCCUUUAUCUGUAAAUUUUAAAGUUUGACUGUAUAAAUUAUCAGUCCCUCCUGAAGGGAUCUAAUCCAGGAUGUUGAAUGGGAUUAUUGCCAUCUUACACCAUAUUUUUGUAAAAUGUAGCUUAAUCAUAAUCUCACACUGAAGAUUUUGCAUCACUUUUGCUAUUAUCAUUCUUUUAAGAAUUAUAAGCCAAAAGAAUUUACGCCUUAAUGUGUCAUUAUAUAACAUUCCUUAAAAGAAUUGUAAAUAUUGGUGUUUGUUUCUGACAUUUUAACUUGAAAGCGAUAUGCUGCAAGAUAAUGUAUUUAACAAUAUUUGGUGGCAAAUAUUCAAUAAAUAGUUUACAUCUGUUAAA